UAUAACAUUAAUAUAAUUUCACUGAUAUAUCUAUCAGUUCUAGGCUCAAGAUGGAACUUUUUUUGUAUCCUUGCAGCACAGAAGUGUAACAGAUUGCAUGCAUUUUAAUUUUAGCUUGGGUUUUCAGUUGGAGUAAUGACAAACUGAGUCAUACUUCACACACACAGAGUAAGUGCUCCUCUACAGUUGUGUGCUUAAUUAAAAUGUAGGCAUGCUGAGAGGCAGACCCAGAGUGAGUGUGUUUGUGUGUCUCUCUCUGUGUGUGUACUUCUUAUCACAAGUAUAACAGGUUUUUAGGUGAAUUUGUUUCAGUGUAAAGGUUUGAUUUCUUGACUAGAAAUAAAUGGUUCCAUUUUCUAUAAUAUUUAUUAUUUCCAUUUAUAAAGAACUAUGAAAAUACUUUAUGUUCUCAGCUGUAUCUUUAUGCAUGUCUCCUGUUUGUGGUGGAUGAUAAAAUCUGGCCUUAUAUAUUUUAUAUUUUUUAUAUUUUUUAUAGUUUUGCAUUCCAAGUGAACCCAAAGACAGAGUUCAAGCAGUAGUUGGAGACUGGAUUUUUCCAGGGAGGGACCGUGUUGUUAGAUGAAUAUCAUUAGGUAAUUCUGCAGUGUGGGCAUCUGGGCUGCGUUUUCUCUGCAGAGGGCUGCAGGUGGCAGACUGAUUUAUACUGAGCAGACUCAAGACAGGAAGUGCUCGCUAGCUCCCUCUGUCAGUAGUGGUGGUAAAUGUCAAGAUUCCGUUAAAAAAUUCAACUCGUGCAUUGGCCAGUAGGGGUCAUUUUAUUUCAUGCUAUUGCUUUGGAUCUCUUUAUAAUCAGCUCUUAAUCUCCCUGUCAUUAUGUUUGAAUGUAAAUUAGUUGAUUUGCUUCAAAUUAACAUGUGCUGGUGUUUCACUCAAAGGUAAAAUAACUUUAAAAUAAUAUUAUAAAGUCAUAGAAAUUGAAGUAAUAGUAGAAUAUAUACAAAGACAAUGCUUUUUGAAGCUCUUAGUCAUAUUGUUGUGAGAGAGGGGAUGAGGGGGAAGUUGGAUGACUCACAGCUGGGAGUGGAUGAACCGGUGUGAACAGCAGUCAGGCCAUUGCUCUUCCUGCCUCAACUUGAUUGCCCUAACAGUAGGGAAGGAGGCUUUUGGGUCAUUCACCGGUUAAUGAUGAAUUAUAGGUCAAAAAGGGAUCAUGUGAAUUUUGGUGCCUGUGCUCAGAGGACAGCUGGAGAGCAGGUACUGUUCCAGGGUGAGGCAGUGGCACACAUCUGUUAGAAGGGAAUGGAAAUACACACAAAAAAAAUGAUAACCAUUUUUUUCAUAGAAUAUGAAGAAUAUGAUGACAUAUGAUCAUUCAAAGAGUCAAUUUUAUUAGACUUUUUAAAUAGGUGUAUAUUCAUAUAGGUCUAUAUAUAUGUCUGCAGUGCUGUUCAACUUCCUCCCUAUAGUGGUGCAGUGAGAUUUAUUCCCUAAUUCAUCUUUACUAAUAGAGAGUAAUGCAGCAGCAACUUAGUCUCUUAUACCAUCACCAAUACCACCAUGCCUGUCAUCUCAAAGACGACUAACUAGCCAAACCAAGUCUCAGUACAGCUGUGUCUUAUAUUUGCAUUGUAUUCAAAGAUAUAGACUUGUCAGUGACAUCAAUGACCCAUUUCUCUAUUUUUCUUCUUCUUGAAUUUUUCAUUAAUAUUAUGCUGAACAUCAAUGAAAAAUGGUGAGCAAGAAAAGAUGCUGUUAUGCUUUUUCUUCUUUUGAAUGUCAUUUUAAUGCUUUAGCCAUAACACCAUCCUCCUGUGAUGUCCAUGACAUUCCUGUGAAAAGUAUUUAUUUCAGCCUGUAGGUUUCCUUUAAUUAAAAAUCUGGUUGAGCAAGCAGAAGGAAGAGGAGAGAAAGUGAUAUAGAGAAAGGGAAGAGGAAAAUUAAAUCCAAGAGAAGGAAAGAAGGUGGAGAGAAAUUGAGCAGGAAGAGAGUGAUGCAUUAAAGAGAGCAAUGCUUUUUUAGGCUUUCUAAAAGUGGCCUGUGUGCAUCCUUGCUGGGGGCAGUGCCAGUUCAGCCUGUCUGUGCAGCCUCUCUCAGAUGGGUUCAUCUCUGUCCAAAUUCAGCACACUUACAUAAGGGAAGUCAGGAUAAAGGCAACGGACAUAUUUAUCGUUAAUGAUGAGACAAGAAGCAACUGAAAUGAACCAGACUGAACUGUUUCCUAAUUUAUUAAUGAGUAUAAAUGACCAGAAAUAUAUAAUAUCCACAAUAGGAAUGACACAUGAUUAAAAAGACUGAUAAACGGACGUUAUAUCAAUCACUUCUAUAUAAUUACAGACGUGUUGUUCUGUCUUGCAAUUUAAAUGACAUGAAUGCUGAAGAUGGGCCGUCUUAUCCUUCAGGAAAGGUUUGGAUGCAUAAAACUUGUGUUUAUUUCUAAAAAAGUGACCACGAUGUCUAAAUCUGUCUUCCCAAGACAGAAGCUUAUAUAAUGUGAUGAGAUCAUUAAAAGAACCAGAUUUCAGCAGAGUGAGGUGUUUCACACUGCAGGAGGCAGGUGUGUGUGGUCUGCUGGUGUGUGCAAUGAAUAGGUUUGAACCCAGUGAUAAACAACACACAGCUAAAACACACUGCAGCUGCAAAUGCCACUGUUAAUCCUACAGUACAUAGCAAAAAAAGGAAGACAUAAUAUUAAAGAAAUGGCAGUAGAACUGUGAUUUGCAGUUUGUUGUAUGAAAAACUGACAGGGCUUUACUCUUUACUCUUGCUCUUUAUUUGGAAACAACUGAAAGAAUUGUUGGUAUCAGACAGCUUGUGAAUUUCAUCAGCUUGUGUUUUCAGAUGCACAGUUACAGUUUCACUGAAGAUGAUGAACUAGCAAUGUGUUUAGCAAUUUAUAGACAUACACAGGUACAGAACAGUGAAUUCACAGUACAAUAGAUACACACUGUUGCUGUGGCCACCACAUUAAAGGUAGAGCUGCCUAAGACAUGAACAAACUGGAUAUUAUUUACCAAUUUCCUAUUUUUACUUCCACUUUUGACAAAAAGAAAAAAAUUGCAAAUAUAAAAAAAUGAAGCAAAAUAGAAGUGUAAUGUUAUGUUUCUGUAAAAGUUAUUUUGUUUUGAUACUUUAUGCAUACCUGUAACACUUUAGUAUUUUUUUUUAUUUACAUUUACAUCCGUUUCCUGAGCCACAAAAGGCUGUUUUUCAGAAUAUGGAUAAAUUAUUUUUUUAAUGUCCUAUGCAGCUAAGAAAAAUUCUUUAGCCCUAACCCAUAAUAUGCUAACCAAAAUGUCAUUAAAAAUCACUGAAACAUUCACUAUAACACUAUAAAAAAAGCCAGCUUUAUUUUGUGAAUUCUUGGAGCACUCCAUUACCAGCACCGUUAUGUAGCGCGUUCUGAGAUAAGCACAGAAGCAUAGAAAUGAGGUGAAAUUAUAAGUAGGAACCAGGGGAGGGCUGGUGUGUGUGUGUGUGUGUGUGUGUGUGUGUGUGUGUGUGAGAGAGAGAGAGAGAGCACCAGCGGCAGGGAAACACACCCGUUAACGGCUCGCAAAUGCAAAAAAAAGAAAGGGGGAAAAAAAGAAAAAAGGCGAGAGAGAGCACGGACAAAGAAAACAUGGACGCAGCCACUGAGUGUAUUCGUGCACAUCUACUACGGAAUAUGUUCCCAAACCGUCGUGUAAACGGAAUGAAGAACAAUUAGGCCAAAUUAAUGCCGUGCUGGGAAGAGAAGCAUUGCUGCAAAGAGAGCUGUUUUUUUAAUCCGUUUGCUGCGGAUUCCGGGAGCUUGCAAUGGCUGAUGCAGGGAGAUGUUGCAGCUGUAGGGGAAGAAAUGUGCCUCUUUCAUUUUUGAUGUUUUUGUUUUGUUGUGGCCUUACACUUGGACAAAUACGCUAUUCAAUUCAAGAGGAAUCUGACAAAGGAGCGGUCGUGGGUGACAUUGCGCAAGAUUUGGGGCUGGAUGUUGCAAAGCUCUCGGCUCGAAGCAUCAAGGUAACGGCCGACGGAGGAAAACGGUAUGUGGAUGUGAAUCCUAAAAACGGAAAACUGUUCGUAAACGAACGAAUCGACAGGGAGGAGUUCUGUGACAGGACCGGUGCCUGCGUUUUAAAUUUCGAUUUGCUUCUUGAAAACCCGUCCGAGGUGCACACCAUCGAGGUGGAGGUGGUCGACGUGAACGACAACGCGCCGCAAUUCCCAAGAGACGAGUACCAGUUGGAGAUAACGGAGUCGGCGUCGCCCACUUCACGUUUUCCCGUCGAGCACGCGCUGGAUCCAGAUAUCGGGACCAACUCGAUCCGAUUUUACAGGCUCGGGCCAAACGAGCAUUUUGCGCUCGAUUCCAACAAACCGUCGCCCAACAGUAAGCACGUCGAGCUCGUGCUGAAAAAGCCUCUGGACCGCGAGCAGACGCCUUAUCAUCAGUUGAUUCUGACAGCGUCUGACGGCGGCACACCAGCGUUGACAGGUACGGCGAAAAUUAAUGUGCGCGUCUUAGAUUCCAACGACAACAAUCCCGUGUUCGACAGCUCCGUGUACAAAGUGAAACUACUGGAAAAUUCACCGAAAGACACACUCGUUAUUAAAUUAAACGCCACGGAUCAGGAUGAGGGUACAAACGGGGAGGUGUUCUAUUCAUUCAGCAGUUACACUCCGGAAAGGGUUAGACAGGUGUUCAGCAUGGACACCAACACUGGAGAAAUUCGAGUCCGAAGCAAUGUGGACUAUGAGGAUACCAACACGUAUGAGAUGUACAUCCAGGCCAUGGACAAAGGACCGGCCGCAGUUGCGGCCCAUUGCAAAGUGGUUGUUGAGGUGGUGGAUGUGAAUGAUAAUGUUCCGGAGAUUGUGCUCUCAUCCCUGUCAAGCCCGGUGCGUGAGGAUGCCCGCGCUGACACCGUUGUGGCCUUGAUUAGUGUGACAGACCGAGACUCUGGCCCAAAUAAGCAAGUGACGUUGGAGAUCCAACCUGGCCUUCCAUUCAAAAUCAAGUCCUUCAGGAACUACUACACUUUAGUAACAUCUGCCUUCUUGGACCGUGAGACCACAGCAGCCUAUAAUGUGACCCUCAGUGCCACAGAUGGUGGCACUCCUCCACUCUCCUCCCGGAAGACUAUUCAGGUGGAUGUGGCAGAUGUUAAUGACAAUCCACCACGUUUCGAGCAGACCUCUUACACUGUGUAUGUUAUGGAGAACAAUGCUCCUGGAGCCUCUCUUUGCACUGUCAAAGCUCUUGACUCAGAUGUGAAUGAGAAUGCCCGCAUCACUUACACCGUUCUGAAUGACAACAAUCAUGGCAUUCCUGUCACUUCCUAUGUUUCCAUCAAGCCAGACACAGGUGUUGCUUAUGCUCUCCGCUCCUUUGACUAUGAGUCACUAAGGGAGUUUCACUUCCAAGUAAAGGCUCAGGAUGGAGGUAUACCACCCCUCAGCCGUGUGGCCACUGUCUACAUCUAUGUAAUGGACCAAAAUGACCAUGCUCCAGAGAUUGUGAACCCUCCAGCCAAUGGGACACGUUCAACAGAAACAGUCCUGAAGAACAUUGAAGCAGGUGCUCUUGUCACCAAAGUGGCAGCAUAUGAUGCAGAUGCUGGACAGAACGCUUGGCUCAUUUACAUUAUGGACCAGUCUACUGAUCUGGACCUGUUCAAGGUGCAUGAGCACACGGGGGAGAUCCGUACAACACGUCGAGUCCUGGAAGACAACUCAACCUCGUUCAGCCUCAUUGUGCUAGUGAAAGACCAUGGAGAGCCCCCACUCUCCUCUACUGCCACCAUCAACAUAGCCGUCAUGGAGGUGCCACCUAAAGUCACCCCUGACCCCAAAAGGAUUGUUCGCCCUCACAGCACACCUCUCUUUUCUAAUGUAACUCUUUACCUGAUUGUAGCACUCAGCGCCACAACAUUUGUGUUUCUGGUCACAGUGGUGGUGUUGGCCAUAGUGCGGUGCCAUGCCUAUUGUACCCAACCUGGCUCAUGUUCACCCUGCUGUGUGUCUCAAAAGAGCACACAAGAUGGUGGGUCUGGAGGAGGUGCAGGUGGAGGAUCUCAAGCCAAUAAUAACGUGGUUCUCCGCAGAGAUCUCAAAGUCGAACCUCACUAUAUUGAGGUUCGUGGAAAUGGCUCUCUGACCAAGACCUACUGUUACAAAACCUGCUUGACUGCCACAUCAGGCAGUGACACCUUUAUGUUUUACAACACGGGCCGGCCCAUCAGUGGGACCUGGGGUUCGGAGCGUUUCUUCACAAGUGGCAGUGGUUUUGUGCGCAGACUCAGCAUGCCAGAUGCAGCCAUACAGCCCAAGGGACCGAAUGCUGACUGGCGGUACUCUGCAUCUUUGAGGGCAGGAGUGCAGAGCUCUGUUCACAUGGAGGAGGCUUCAGCUGUGAUGCAGGGAGCGCAAGGUGUUCUGGUGCAGAACUGGCCUACGGUGUCCAGUGCUGCAGAUGGCGAAGCUGAAGGACAGCUCUCUCCUCCAGUCGGAGCUGGGAUCAACAGUAAUAGCUGGAGCUUCCGUUAUGGUGCUGGACCAGGUUACGGUCCUCCACAGGCUUUGAAGCCAGGCGAGAUCCCUCCUGAAGCCUUCAUUAUUCCUGGCUCACCUGCAAUCAUCUCUAUCCGGCAAGACCCAGGAGCCAUGGACGACAAGGGGGACUUUAUUAGCUUUGGCAAGAAAGAGGAUCCUAAGAAAAAGAAAAAGAAGAAGAAGGAGAAAAAAGACAAAAAGGAUAAAGGCAAAGAUGAUGGCGAGGAGUAAAGGGGAAUUUGGCUGUUUCAAAAACAAUCCACCUAAACUCCUGAACUCAUACGAAUGAAAAAACAAUAAAAAUCUGAAAAGAAAUACAGCACAGAAAGGAGAGCCCUUUAAUUGCAGCUCUCAGUAUGGGGAGAUAAAUUGGCCAGCCCCACCCAGUGCUGAUCAUUCUCUUUUCUCUUUCUACCCAACUUCAAAUGACCCCAAUCCUUAAACCAUGAUGGCUCCCAGGAGGCAAUAAUUGGCUAUUUCACUACUCAGUGUAUCCAAAAGGUUUUCACUCCAUCUUUCUAAGCAGCAAUUAUGAAUCUAAAAACAGUAAAUUACAACAUUCAUUCCAAAUGAUCCAUAAAUUGCAUAUUAUAUCUGUAGGUAUAAUAUAAGUGAGGGGAGUCUGUUAUCUGGACAUCCUCAUGACUCCAUUGCUAUGCCAGGAAUUUGUACUUUAAACAACCAACAGGUUUAUGAAUGAAAUAUGAUCUGGUCAGCAUUAUGUAUGUGUGUGCUGCGGAGGAAAUACACUUCAGGGGUAGUACAAUAUUCACGUGUAAUAGUCAAUAAUUUCAGGGUUUGAGCUCACAGAGCCCCCUGCUGCCUUUGAAAGGCACACGAAUGCUGAAACCUCACGUGUGCUUUACUUGGUGAUGCAAAAAAAAAAAAAAAGAAAGAAAGAAAAACAACCUCCAAACCUAAAAUUUCAAUUAUUCCUUACUUGACUGUGUACAUCUAAACAUGGAAAUACGUUGCUUAUGUUGAAUUCAUGGUCAGAGCAGUAAAGUAGAAUCCACUGUCCGGCAUGUCCAAUAUUAACAGACACGUUAAAGCAUUGUAGGAGCACAGCUUCUUAUGUAAUAUAGACAGGAUUGUUGCUUGUUGCAACCAGACCUGUUAAACUUUUGCCUCUGCGGUGAUUCACUUUUCAGUGCUCCAGAGCUUUCCUCCUCCAUGUUUACAGCUGUGCACAUCGAGAACUGCCCUCUUGUGGCCGUGAUGUGGGAGUGAAUAAAAGAGCUAAGACACACUCUCUCACUUGUAACCUCUGCACUCAGAUCAAGCCUCAGCACUGUUACUGGAACUAAAUAUUUUUCCCCAGGGAGCAUAAGCACAUGAGACACUUCCAUCCGAGUAAAACGAGUGCUCAAGCAGCAGUGAAAAGUGUCUUGAACUGUUCUUUUGAGGAGCUUGUGUAGACAUCAGUUUUCCAUUUUGAGAUGUGUGGUUUGGUUUCCAGAGAUGUACAGACAGCAGAAUAUGGUAGUGAACCAAACUGAGCUAGCACUGGAGAAGGUUUCAUCCCUGUGAUUUUGUUUUUCCAUUCUGGAUGGAUUCAACUUCAACUUUUUUGUUUUGUUUUUCAAAAUUUUACUUUCUUUUGUCUUGGCAGUAGGGCUAUUGAUCAAGGUAUAGGAUGGAUGUUAGUGCUGCUAUAAUUGAUAACACACACACACAGUACAGCCUUCUUCAGGUGUGGUUUAGUGCUGUCAGAUCACUAAGUGACUGCUUGCAUGUGAUACACAGAUAAAACAAACUAUAUAUAGAUAUAUAUAUAGAUAUAUAUAGAUAGAUAGAUAUGCUUUUCAUAUUUAUUUUGAACCAUUCCUCUUAUAUUUAGAGACAUCCAUCGUCUCUGAUGACACACGUAGGCAUAUAUCUAAUUGCUCAUUCAGAUUCAACUGUACAAGCACAUACUGUAGAUCAUUGAUGCAAAACCACCAGAGGGAAUAACCACCAUGUUGUCCCUGUGACAUCAACGUUAACCUUAAACAUGCUAGAUAUAUGUAUUGCUGUAGUGUUAUGCUAUAAUUCUUUUUUUAUAACCAUGAAUAUAUUUGGAAUCAUGAACAAACAAGUAAUGUUGAAUUGCUUCAUAUAUCCCCUUCUAUGAUAUCGUCCUUGUUUUCCAUUAAAAACCUAAAAAAAAAUGCAAUAAAAAUAUCAAAAUGAUAAAUGCAUCAAAAAAAUCCCUGUCUGUGUACUCUGCUCGUGUGUAGUGAAUGUUUAUUAAGUCAAUCAGUGCUGAUUUGGCACUUUCACAGUACAAAUCUAUUGAACAUCUUUUUUUUUUGUACAGCUUCUCAUCAGUAUAGUGGUGAAAUAAUGUUUUUUUUUCUUUUCUUUUUUCCCCUUUUUUAUAUCACUUUAUGAAAUAUGUUAACGUGUUUUGUUUAUAAACCACAAAUAAAUUUUUUUCAUAAGUA